AUGGAUUCAACUUUACUUGUUGCUAUGCUUUUGAUACUAUCAGAAUCGAUCUCAGUUAUAAUUGCUCAAGAUGAUCGAGUUAUCAUUGGGUCGAGUCUUGGUGGUUUUCUUGGUUUAAUUAUUUUGAUUCUUGAUUUGAUUGCUGUUUUCGAAUUACUGACCUCAAGUGGCCAUGGUGUGUGUUCGAAGUUGAUUUGGAUUUUAAUUAUUAUUUUUUUUCCAAUUGGCGGCUUAAUUUUAUACUGGUGUUGUGCUCGACGUCGUACUGUUGAUCAAGUUCUUUAA